UACGGUCGAAAACAAUAACACUGAUUUGGCGAAUGUUCACGUUUAGAGUCUUUCCGUUUUUUCUCUCCUCACACCGUCCUCAAAGAUUUCGUAUGGUUUCUACUACUAUUGACACUGCAGCCGCCAAUUCCCUGACAUUUGGGAUUACCGUCGAACGCACACAGACACAAAGUGACUAACCCCCUACGACCGGGCGUCGAUCUUAUGGAAUUGAAACAUUUCUACUGACUACGCGCAAACAGACAUAGUAUUUAGUAAUAGAAUAAUAUUAAUACAAUUUAUAGUUAUUAGGUGCUUAUUAUAUUUAAAUACGAUAUACGAAAGCACUAUGGCAGAUCGGAUAGAGUCAAAAAACACUGCAGACGACGUGAUCGAGGCACCUGGUGAUAAGAGAAAGAUGUCAUCAGACAUGAGUCCAGAACAGACCAACGUCAUAAAAAAGAUUAAAGAGACCAAAACCCAACCGGACACACUAUGCCAAUGUCCCCAGAAAUGUUCAGAACGUGUACCACAACGUUCCAAGGAUGAGCUGUUUAAAAUUUUCGUGGAAAUGGACAGCGAAGAUGUGCAAAAUAAAUUUUUACAGAAAUUUAUUGAAGCUCGACCUGUUGCCAAUCGAUUAUUUAGUAAAGAGACCACAGCUAAUGGUAAACUAUUAAGAAGGAUUCACUGCAAGUACAGAAUACCUUCUUUUGUAUCCGAGGAUUUUAUGUCAAACAUAAAUUGUGAUUCUGACAAAGAUGAAGAAUCAGACUUUGAUGAAACAUCUUCAGUGGCAUCUUUGGAUUCCAAAGAAGAAAAUGACAAGUCAUUAGAAAGUGAUUCAACUGAGACAUCAAGAAAAUCAUUAAGUCGUUACAACUGUGUAGAUGUUUGUCAGAAAGCAUUUCUUAAUCUGUUUGGUUUAUCAGAUAAACGUUUAAAAACUGUUAGAGAGUUAUUGAUAAUUAAAGCACGCCAAAAACACAUGAAACGUAUGAUGGAAAAAGAAGAAAAUCAAAUAGAAGUAUCUUUAGCUAAGGAUCUUGCACAGGGUUGUUUGCCAUUGAUGGCACUUUUUAAUAAAGAAGAUAGUAAGAAAGUAUCUGAUCAGUUAAUGACUGCUAUUAGCAAUGACAUAAAUUUAGUAAAUAACUUUUUUUGCAAUCAGCUAUGGAAACCAGAGUACAUUAACCAAAAGCCAUCUGAAUGAGUAUAAAUUAUUAAUAAUAUAUAUUUUUAAAUGUAAUUGAUUGGAUUUGUAUCUUGUUUAAAUCAAUUGUCUGGUACUACUUUAUUAUAAAUCCAAAUCAAUAUUGUUCUGAAUUCAGGGGAUUUUACUUAAUGUAAAUUUUUUAAUAUUGUACUAGUUUAUAAAAUGUCAGUUGA